GGAACGCAGAUCAACAAUAGAUGAUGUACUGGUACAACGCAUUAGCAUACGGACUCAUUCGUCUGGUCCGUCAAGGGUAAGAUCCGUCCAAGGUUGCAGCUUGACAGUAUGGAAGAGGACAGUCCGGAAGAGUUUCUUGCGGAGUUCAAGGAGAAACAUCUAGGUGCUUGGGGAAUUGUCCAGAUAACUGCUGGCACAGGGCUAGCUGUCUAUGCCAUGUGGGCAGGGGUUCUCAUGCCGGGAUUUCGAAAAGUCCCUCUGAGGUUACAGGUGCCCUAUCUCCCCGCCAGCAAGAAACAAGUGCGGAAUGUGAUGGCACUGCUGAGUGGUCGACAUGGUAACCUUGUGGACUUGGGCUCCGGUGAUGGCAGGAUUGUGCUGGAAGCACACAAACACGGCUUUGGUCCCACAGUAGGAUACGAACUCAACCCCUGGUUAGUUCGUCUAGCUAACUUCCACGCAUGGAGAGCAGGCCAUUAUGGGAAGGUGUCGUAUCGGCAGGAAGACCUCUGGAAGGUGGACCUUACUGAGUGUAAGAAUGUUACUGUGUUUUUGGCCCCCAGCGUGCUCUCUUUAUUGCAGGAGAAGAUGGAGGCUGAGCUUCCAGAUGACGCCCUGGUCGUAGCCGGUAGGUUUCCCUUCACUGAGUGGACUCCAUGCAGGAUUGAAGGAGAUGGUGUCGACAGAGCUUGGGCCUAUACCAUGCAGGCCCAAAGACUGCCAGCAGGGAGUGCUGUGCUACCUAUACCUAAAGAGUUGAAAUCACCAGUUUGAACUGAAAGUGAGAGAACCAAGUAACUGUCUGGACCAGGAAGACAUGAGACAUAAGCAUGAGCGUUUGUAUGAUGGAAGAAACCAUUGGUAGUCUGAGGAGGAGGGACAAAACAUUUUCAUCUACAUGGGUUGACACAAGUUGCUGACUGAGACCCACUCCUCACAAUGUUGAAUUGGUAGUUAGUGACCUUUUCUCAAUUGGAUUUUCUCAAUUCCUUGCCUCCGUCAUCUCCUCGCCUUUUGAAAACAACAGCUGUUUCAAAGGGGGUGUGGUUGAUUUCAAAACUCUUCGUGAUAGGAAUUGAGAAAAGACCAGGGAGUGAGAUGCCGUCUGAGUAUAUGAACCUGUCAACAGAUAAACUACCAAGCACAUGGUACAAUCCAGACAUCUUUAAAAACCAUACCUCUUCCACAUUUUGUUACGUUACAGCCUUAUUCUAAAAUGGAUUAAAUAAAAACAUAUCCUCUUCAAUCUACACACAAUACCCCAUAAAGACAAAGCAAAAACAGGUUUUAGAAAUUUUAGCAAAUUUAUUCAAAAUAAAAAACCAGAUACCUUAUAAACAUAAGUGUUCAGUCCCUUUCCUAGGAAACAUGAAAUUGAGCAAAGGUGCAUCUUGUGUCCAUUGAUCAUCCCUGAGAUGUUUCUACAUCUUGAUUGGAGUCGACCUGUGGUAAAUUCAAUUGAUUGGACAUGAUUUGGAAAGGUACACACCCGUCAAUUAACUCAAAAAAAGAAACAUCCUCUCACGGUCAACUGCAUUUAUUUUUUAGCAAACUUAACAUGUGUAUGUAUAAAUAUUUGUAUGAACAUAACAAUAUUCAACAACUGAGACAAACUGAACAAGUUCCAAAGACAUGUGACUAACAUAAAUGGAAUAAUGAGAUCCGGGCUCUUCGCUGGCCAUGGCAGAACACUGACAUUCCUGUCUUGCAGGAAAUCACACACAGAAUGAGCAGUAUGGCUGGUGGCAUUGUCAUGCUGGAGGGUCAUGUCAGGAUGAGCCUGCAGGAAGGGUACCACAUGAGGGAGGAGGAUGUCUUCCCUGUAACACACAGUGUGAAGUUUUCAUGCAAUGACAACAAGCUCAAUCCGACGAUGCUGUGACACACCGCCCCAGACCAUGACGGACCCUCCACCACCAAAUCGAUCCCGCUCCAGAGUAUAGGCCUCGGUGUAACGCUCAUUCCUUCGACGUUAAACCCGAAUCCGACCAUCACCCCUGGUGAGACAAAACCAUGACUUGUCAGUGAAGAGGGCAGCAGGUAGCCUAGUGGUUAGAUCAUUGGACUAGUAACCGAAAGGUUGCAAGAUCGAAUCCCCGGGCUGACAAGGUAAAAACCUGUCGUUCUGCUCUGAACAAGGCAGUUAACCCACUGUUCUUAGGCCGUCAUUGAAUAUAAGAAUUUCUUCUUAACUGACUUGCCUAGUAAAAAAAUUAAAAAUAACACUUUUUGCCAGUCCUGUCUGGUCCAGCGGCAGUGGGUUUGUGCCCAUAGGCGACGUCGUUGCCGGUGAUGUUUGGUGAGGACCUGCCUUACAACAGGCCUUCAAGUCCUCAGUCCAGUCUCGCAGCAUAUUGCGGACAGUCUGAGCACUGAUGGAGGGAUUGUGCGUUCCUGGUGUAACUCGGGCAGUUGUUGUUGCCAUCCUGUACCUGCCCACAGGUGUGAUGUUUGGGUGUACCGAUCCUGUGCAGGUGUUGUUACACGUGGUCUGCAAUUUAUUGCCCUGGCCACAUCUGCAGUCCUCAUGCCUCUUUGCAGCAUGCCUAAGGCACAUUCACGCAGAUGAGCAGGGAACCUGGGUAUCUUUCUUUUGGUGUUUUUCAGAUCAGGAGAAAGGCUUCUUUAGUGUCCUAGGUUUUUGUAACUGUGACCUUAAUUGCCUACUGUCUGUAAGCUGUUAAUGUCUUUAAUGACCGUUCCACAGGUGCAUGUUCAUUAAUUGAUUAUGGUUCAUUGAACAAGCAUGGGAAACAGUGAUUAAACCUUUUACAAUGAAGAUCUGUGAGGUUAUUUGGAUUUUUACUAAUUAUCUUUGAAAGACAGGGUCCUGAAAAAGGGACAUUUCUUUUUUUGCUGAGUUUAUAAGGUCCCACAGUUGACAGUGCAUGUUAAAGAAAAAAAACAAGCCAUGAGGUCAAAGGAAUUAUCCGUAGUGCUCUGAGACAGGAUUGUGUCGAGGUACAGAUCUGGGGAAGGGUACCAAAACAUUUCUACAGCAUUGAAGGUCCCAAAGAACACAGUGGCCGCCAUCAUUCUUAAAUAGAAUAAGUUUGGAACCCCCAAGACUCUUCCUAGAACUGAGCCAUCGGGGAGAAGGGCCUUGGUCAGGGAGGUGACCAAGAACCCAAUGGUCACUCUGACAGAACUCCAGAGUUCGUCUGUGGAGAUGGGAGAACCUUCCAGAAGGACAACCCCUGCAGCACUCCACCAAUCAGGCCUUUAUGGUAGAGUGGUCAGAUAGGAGCCACUCCUCAUUAAAAGGCACAUGACAGCCUGCUUGGAGUUUACUAAAAGGCAUCUAAAGACUCUCAGACCAUGAGAAACAAGAUUAUCUGGUCUGAUGAAACCAAGAUUUAACUCUUUGACCUGAAUGCCAAGCAUCACAUCUGGAGGAAACCUGGCACCAUCCCUACGGUGAAGCAUGGUGAUGGCAGAAUCAUGCUGUGGGGAUGUUUUUCAGCGACUGUGAGACUAGUCUGGACCAAGGGGAAAGAUGAACGGAGCAAAGUACAGAAAUCCUUGAUGAAAAUCUGCUCCAGAGCGCUCAGGACCUCAGACUGGAGCGAAGGUUCACCUUCCAAAAGGACAACGACCAGCCAAGACAACGCAGGAGUAGCUUUGGGACAAGUCUCUGAAUGUCCAUGAGUGGCCCAUCCGGAGCCCAGACUUGAACCCGAUCGAACAUUUCUGGGGAGACCUGAAAAUAGCUGUGCAGCGAUGCUCCCCAUCCAACCUGACAGAGCUUGAGAGGAUCUGAAGAGAAGAAUGGGAUAAACUCCCCCAAAUACAGGUGUGCCAAGCUUGUAGCGUCAUACCCAAGACGACUCAAGGCUGUAAUCUCUGCCAAAGGUGCUUCAACAAAGUACAGAGUAAAGGGUCUGACUUAUGUAAAUGUCAUAUUUCAGUUUUUAUUUUUAAUACAUUUACAAAUAUUCUAAACCAGUUUUUGCUUUGUAGGGUAUUGUGUGCAGAUUGAGGAGAAAAAAUACAUUUUAUAAUAAGGCUGUAAUGUAACAAAAAAUUUAAAAAGUUUAGGGUUCUGAAUACUUUCCGAAUGCACUGUAUAUCAUGGUCAUAAAGGCGUAUGAAGUAACAAGUUAUGGAGCAAACACAUAGGUUGUAAUAUGUAUGCACACAGGUGCUAUCACAAACGCUCUACACACAUGUACAUUGUAAUAUUGUUGUAUGGUGGUAUUAUACAUACAGUGCCUUGCGAAAGUAUUCGGCCCCCUUUAACUUUGCGACCUUUUGCCACAUUUCAGGCUUCAAACAUAAAGAUAUAAAACUGUAU